AUAUAGAGUAUCAUAUGCAAUAAACAAUUGACAAAGGGUUUUAUCAAAGCAAGGUUUGCGUCAUCGACAAUGGUAUUUGAUUGAAGUGCAUCGUAGGUACUGGGUUUACAAAGAUGGGAUGGGCUGGGAAUACUGAGCCACAAUUCGAUAUUCCUACUGUAGUGGCAGAUCAUCAAGAGAAAGUAAUUCGACAGAUUGAUAUUAGUAAAAAGUUCAAAUGAGCAAGAAUACUAAUGAGAAUUUGGAUUACUACAUUGGAUACGAGGCUUAUGACUACACAAAGUCUCACAAUAUCUAUUAUCCAAUGAAGAGUGGAAUCGUAGAAAAUUGGGAUCUCAUGGAGAAGUUUUGGCAUAGGAGCAUAUUUGAUUACCUCAGGGCUGAACCAGAUGAAACAACCUUCAUUUUGACUGAACCUCCUAUGGUAAAUAUGCAAUAAUGAUAUAUAGAAUCCUCCUGAAAAUCGAGAGAAUAUCGCAGAAAUCUUUUUUGAGACAUUCAAUGCCAAAGGAUUGCACAUUUCAGUUUAGGCAGUCUUAUCCCUUUUUUCUAGUGCCUUUGCUCCUGUGAAUGAUUAUCAAAAAACAGCCGGAUUAACAGGCAUGGUUUUGGACUCAGGAGAUGGUGUAACACAUUGCAUUCCAGUUUCAGAUGGUUACGUGAUAGGAUCAUGUAUCAAGCACAUUCCAUUGGCAGGAAGAGACAUCACCCAAUUUGUCUAAAAUUUAUUGAAGGAGAGAGGAGAAAACAUACCAGCAGAAGAUAUCAAAAAAGUAGCCAGGGAAGUCAAGGAGAAAUAUGGAUAUUGUAUUGGAGAUGGAGAUCUAAUCAAGGAAUUCCAAGCUUACGACAGAGGAGACAAGAACAAAUUCAAAACCUAUUAUGGAAAGAACUCAGUUACCAAAGAGAAAUACACAAUCGAUAUUGGUUACGAAAGAUUCUUAGGACCUGAGAUGUUCUUCCAUCCAGAAUUCUUGGAUGGCAAAUGGAGAUCUCCCAUUGAUGAAGUCAUUGAUAAAUCCAUACAGACAUCUCCUGUGGAUUGCAGAAAGAAACUAUAUCAAAAUAUCAUCUUAUCUGGUGGAUCCACUUUGUUUGAUGGUUUUUCUCAAAGAUUGGAGCAACAAGUUUAACUGAGAAUUGAUUCCAGACUCUAAAAAUACGAACAAAGGUCUGGAUUCAAAGUAUGAUCUAUCUCAUUAUAUUCAAGCCUGCAUCCAUCAAAGUCAAUGUCACUCAGAACCCCUUCCAAAGAUACGCUGUUUGGUAGGGAGGUAGUUUGAUGGCAUUAUAAGUAUGUGUGUAUAUUUAGAUCGUAGCCACAAUUUGAGAAGGUGUAUCACACUAGAUAAGAGUAUUUCGAAAGAGGUCCGUCCAUUGCCAGAUACAAUGCUGUCUUUUAGCCAUAAUAUUGAAUGAAUAUGUUCACAUCACAUAAGAAAAUUAAUAUUAAU